UAAAAUUUAAAGUAAAGAAAAUUCAAACUUCAAAAAACGUAACGAAAGCGAGCAAUAAAACACACAUAACCCGAAGGUUAUGUAGUUAUGUUUGUUCCAUUUGAACUUGAACUAAGUUGUUGUCUGGUUCCAGAUCCAUUGUUGCUGAAACGUUGCUGCAGCCAUAAAUCAGUAACAAAUGCUGCUCCACACUGUAGAUCCAAGACGAUAACAGCCUCUUCACCUUCUCAAUCUCGUUUCAUUGGUGUAUGUAUACAUGCCUCACUAUGAGUAGAACAUUUUCAUCAAAGAAAGCUUCUUAUUUGCAUCCACCACCAACACCAACAACCACAGUUGCAAAGUCAUGUUCGAACAAGAGGCGAAGUCCUCAAAGUCCUUUACAGGAUUUCAACCGAAUUUCUAACAGCAGUAACAGUAGUGACGCUUCUUCUUCUGUCUCUGCUGAAGUCCCAAAGGGUUGUCUUAGGUUCUUGGCUUCAUCCUCUUUCAAAACCCCUGUUAAUAGACCUAAGAAUAUCAACAAAACACCCAAUUCAGCACCUCAUGGACUUGUGUUAAAACAAUCUAAGUCCAAUUCCUCAAAGGAGAAUCUUCCAAAGGGUGGUAAUAAUGCUGGGGUGCAAACCAAAACACUCGUACCAAAUAAAGCUAAGAACCCUCCAUGUCUUUACCAGUGGCAGUCUGGUAAGAAAUCUGGUUCCAAGAUUGGUCAAAAGUCGAAGCUUAGUUCUCCUUUGAAUGAACAUGGAAAACAUUUACCUGCAUUUCCGUUAACAACAUCGGAGGAGUUAAAGCAAAAGGAGGAUGUCCUUGGAGGGAUAAAUGAUAAUGCUGUUGAGUCUGCCAAUCACAAAUCAUCACACAAAGAUGUGAAAUCGACUCCUUUGAGUAAAAAAGCUUUGGGGCCGCAUUUGGAUGUUAUGGUUUUUAGGGAGGCGGAGGAUAACCCAAACAGAAGCAUUAGUAAAACACCACCAAUUCAUAACUCGCUUUCACCAGAGAUACAAGGUGGUUCUUCUUUGGUUUCAACAGCAACAACGCCUGCUUGUUAUGGUGCAGGCUAUAUUGUUUCUGGUGUCACUGACAAAAGGAAAUGUAGGCCUAGAGGGAUUCUCACUGUCGAAGAGAACUAUUCAAGCUCUGCUAAAAUGGUUACUAAUAGUAUUGAUGAUGAUGCUGAUGAGAAGAAAACAAAGGAUGUUAUUAAGAAAGAUAGCCCUUCCAUGUUGCCUUUGCCGACUGAAGCUUUAGUGCAUUGGAUUUCUUCUCCGCGUAACAAGGGAGAGAAAAUUGGGCUAAAUCAAAGUCAGGCACUCAGAGAAUCCACAACCCGUGGUUCCUGUACUUCACCAUCAUCCAGUUCAAAAUCUUUCUGGAAUAUAUGUGAUAGUUCUAAAACUUUUUGGAAUGGAAGUGACAGCAGUGAUUUGUCUGGUGCUACCAAUGGUAUGAGGAGUAAAAUGAGUUCUUCAAUUUCUCCAUGUAGACUCUCUGAAUUUCAAAUACCUUUUGAUUCCAUAUUGUUUUCACCGAAAUCCUCACACAGUUGUAGGGCAGGUAGCUCAGAAAAUCUCAUUGAUGAGAACUCUCCCUUCUCCCUGAAUUCAAUUGGUAGUGGAAAUGUGAUUCAAACUCCACAGUCAGAUUCCAGUUCAGAUUUACAUGUUGCACUGUCACUGGCGCAUGCAGACAAUCAAAAGGAAGAUCAUUUUAACCCCGAGCUUAAUUUAUACAAUGAAGUUCUUCUAUCAGAAAACUUCCUUCUCAACAAUUCUUUGCCACUAGAGGAUUCAGUUAAUUCAAGUUUCCAAUUUGACUGUUUAACUGUGCCUUAUGAAUCAAUUGAUGAUCUCAGCAAACUUCCAAAAAAAUUGGAUGAUCAGGAUCCUUGGUUAUCUAGUUCUACAAUUGAGACUGGAUCACCCUCUCUAAUGAGGAUAUCAUGGAGGGAAGGGUUAAUGAGGCAAGUUGAUGAGCUAGAUGAGUUUGACUGUUGUAGAUGUUUGUCAGAUGAAGAAGAUCUCGCCAACGACAAUGACUGUGGUAGUAAUAGUGUAUCAGGUACUCAAGUUAAUAUUGAAGUAGAUGAAGGUGAAAAACCAAAUUAUGAUGUGAGACUCACUGAAACUGAGGAUAAGGAAUUGGAAAUAGAUGGCAUUGGCAAAGAAAUGUUUUCUGGCGCUGAGUUGGUAAGCACCAAUGAAGGCAGUCUAGUUGCUUCAAAGGAUGAUUCAGACUGGAAUUUAUGCUACUUGAAUUAGUUAUUUGCAGUGUGAAUUUAAAUUAAAUAGGGUGAAGGAAGAAUCCUCAGAGGAAGCAACUUCUUUUCCUUUUUUCAAUUAUGGAAUAAUUUAUUUAUUGCUCAAGUGGUUGAUCAAGUCAAAUAUUAACCACUCUUUGAACGAUAUUAACUGGUUGAGCAAUUAGUUCUUGAACUAGAAAUAUUUUUAUUGACAAUUUCUUGUUGUUUUCAAA